AUGCACACAUUGUUCGACCAUCACGAGGAUGGGUGUCCAUGGUACUUCUUCGAUAGUUCUUACAAAAUACUACUGGGCGCGUGUCUCAUUGUUUUUGGCGUGUUUGGGGUGCUGCUAAAUGGCUGGCUUUUUGCCACGUUCAUCCACAGUCACCUGCUAAUUUCUAAGAGCCAUAUACUCAUUCUCAAUCUAUGUUCGGCAUCGCUGGGCCGAAAUCUUCUCGGUUUCCCAUUUUCGGGAUCAUCGGCUAUAGCUAAAAGAUGGAUAUUUGGUUCUGCGUGCUGUCAGUUAUUCGCAUUUUUAAAUCAGUUUUUCGGAAUAUUCCAAAUUACUGCACUAUUCGCUUUAGUAUUGGAGAGAUAUUUAUUAGCAAGGCGUAAUAGAAGAGAGAAAACUUUGUACUUUAGAUUUUACUGGAUCGCCGUCGGCGUCUGUUGGAUCAAUUCUGUGAUAUUUGCUACGCCACCUUUAUUCGGAUACGGGGUUUAUUCGUGCGAUUCCACCGGUACAAUUUGUUCCCUUCUGUGGCCCUCGUUAUCUUCCGGCGCAAAACAAUUGGGAUAUUGCAUACCGUAUGUUAUUUGGUGCGGCAUUGUUCCAUUAAUAUCAAUAUUCCAUUUUAUGGGAAAAACCGUACGAUUGGAGAAAAUUUACUAUAGAAAUGAGCAGUUGAGGGAAGAAAAGCGACUGACGAAGAGCAUUCAUAUAGUUUGCGUAGCAACAUUGACGCUGUGGAUUCCUGCUGGUGUGCUAGUUGGUUGGCAGUGGAUAUCGCUCCUUAUUUACGGCUACAGACCGCACAUACCGCCAACUCUCACACUAUUGGCGCCAAUUGCUUCCGAGGCGGCAACUAGCAUACCAGUAUUAUGUUAUCUGUCUGGAGAUGAGAGGCUGCGGGCCGCAUUGUUAGGACGCAUGCGCAAGCACUACGGUCUCCUUCGACCAGAUCGUGCUCAGCGAUACAUCAGAACA